UACAUGUGAUGAUUACGGCCGCCAAUCGCCGCCGUGUGUGUUUGUGCCGCCGUCGUAGUACGUCGUCCCUGAUACGAAUUAUUCGAGUCGACGACAAACCGCAAUUGAUUCCGCCGCCGCCGCCGCUACAGCCGUCAUCGUCGCAAUUUCAACGUUUACCGGUUAAGUCGUAGCGUUUUUUUUUUUUUUUUACUAAUUUUGUUGGCAUUUUCGACUUGACGAACUGUACGUGUCACGGCACUCGAUUGUGACAAUACGUCCGAACGGUUAACGCGUUCUCGCUCGGCCUAUUCGCGAACGCUGUCCGUUUUGUCCGCGUCCUCGUUCCAGUAACGAUAUUCCCGAAAACGCUCGGGCGUUCUGUCGCUGCCGCCGCCGCCGCCGCCGUCGCCGUGUACGCGUAAACAAAACCCGCCGGCCAUAGGCGUUUUCGUUUUGGCGCCCACAAUGUCCCGUCGUCCGACGUCCGCCGUCGUCGUCUGCGCGUCCCACCUUUCCGUUGUCCGUUGCGUCCGCCAAACGAACGCGCUCGGAUUGCGUUAGGGCCGUUGGGUUCCGUUCGACAAAAACAAAACAAUAUUAUCUGUUUGAUUAUUCCGCCGACGACAACUGUUCGGCGUUAACCGGUGUCGCAUUCGCCCGCGUCAGAGCCGUUUUAUACUAUGAGCGAUUUCGCGGAACGCGUCAAAGAUAACAGAAACACUGCCGUGCUGAAACAUCCGUACACAGGUGUAGGCGCCAAAAAAUUGUUGCCGGACGCCUCGAAACACACCACCAAAGACCCGCCCUCCAAAGGGUUCAGACGGUGUAAUUCGCCGUCGCGUGUAUUUGCGGCAGUGGCAGCAGCAGCAGCGGAAGCAGUACAGUUGUGCAACGCGCCGUCAUCGAAUUCAAAAUCGUCCAAUGUACCAAAACUAGCGCUACGAGACCGUAUAAGCGAUGAAGUCAGCAUUUACCCUGUUCUCCUGCAACAGAACAAGUCACUGAGCGCAUCACAGUCGCAUAGAAAAGGUGAAAACCUCAUGAAAACUAUAGGACUGGUACCAGCCCGAUCACCGAUGGCGGCUCAAUCACAUAGUCGUAUAAUCGCGUCCAACUCGCAACGCACGAUCAUGGAAUCUCAGAGCACUCCACCUCCACUGAUCCUUUCAUCGGCGCCACACGUCAUCCAUACGACCACCGAAAUAAUUUCUUCAAAGGUUGCGCCCGUGUAUCCUGUGGCUCCACAUUUGUCGGUGAUCAAUAAGACGAGAACUUACAAUAGUAAAGUGGCGGUAUCUAAGGCACCGUACACCGGUGCUCGACGCCAGGCCGUUGUGUCCGGUGUGGUACCGGUUUAUGCUCAGAGUGAUUUCGCUUAUUAUCCUCCCAAAAGUUAUCGCCAAAAAACAAUCACUAGUAAACCAACAGUUGUUGUUCAUGGUUCCGCUCCGGGCUGCAGCGAUGAUUCAAACGUCACCGUGACCAGUGGUAACCAGCAUUUAUUCAAACCAAUCAUAUCGCCAAGACCUAGCAUACUGAGGAAACGCGACGCCGACGGAGUUUUGAAAGCUCAAAAAAAUCUUAUACCGAUUCUCACUAAAACUGACAACGAAGAAUGUCAGAUCGCUGAAGAAGCGCUGCCCAGCCGAAACGGUUAUGGUGAGACGACCAUCUGUCAGCUGCCGUCGCCGUGUGUCGAAGUGCCCAUUCUGGUUCCUCAAGUGACCGAGGCUGUAUUACCUCAAAUCGCUACAUUGCAAAGAGUGCAUUCGCACAUGAUGAUCGAUAUAAGCCCACGCAAAAAGCCUCGUAAACAACUGUUGCCGGUCAACCAAGACAGUCCGUUCAAAAUUGUCAGCGACGAUAUGGAAUACGUGGUCGACAAAACCGCGGCGAACAAACUGGAGAAAAUCGAAGAGUAUACCGAGGAAGACUUGCCAAACGACGACUGUGCCGACGGCGAUGCGGAAGACGAACUGGAAGACGAACUCGACGACAUGGACGUGGACGACGACUGUCCAGCCGACGACGAUUACGAUGAGGACGAAGAAGACUACGGAAACGAUUUUGGCGAUGCUGACUCGUUUCCAGGGUUUGAUUUUUCCAAAGCUGAAAAAUCAUACUUUGAAGACGGGAAAAUAUCGACCGACCUGAGCGACGCCAGCUCCAACUGUAACCCGAUGAACAAACGGCCUACGCUUUUGGGCCGAAUAAAAAACACUUGGCGCGGUCAGUCGCAACAUUUCCAAAAGCACAGCGAUUUCAAAGUGAAAGAAAACAAAAAACAAUUGGCCGAAAUGCAACAAGCCAAAAAGUGGCAACCCGAAAGUCGAUCCGGAUGGAAAGUUCAACGUGUGUUGAAACAAUUUGAGGAAUUGAUCGCAGCCGAAGACGGAAGUAUUGAGUAUUUGACUGGCUUUUUACAAUUGAUAGAACGUCAUUAUAGCGAUCAAGACUAUAUAAUCGAACUAAUUAAAGACAAUAUCCAAAGGUGUAAGGUGACCAAAGAUCAACUAGAAGAAAUUACUCGUCAAUUAUCAAAAAUAUUCGAACACAAACCGGCCAUCGACGACAUUGCCGAAAAAUACGGUCCCAAAGACCUUAAGAAAAAAUGUGUUAAGAUAUUUAUCAGAACGUAAACAGUAUGUGUUUUAAGUUUUCAUUGAAUUUAACUUCAUUUUUUUUCUUUUUUUUUUAUAUAUAUAUAAUUUUAUAUAUACAUAAUAUAAUAUAUGUGUAUGUAUGUAUAUUUAUAUAAAUAAAUAAACAUAUAUAAAUGUAUAUAGAUUAUACAUUUAUAUGUGUAUAUAUGUAGUUA